AUGAGGCCAAACCCUAGCACUAUGCAUCCUAAAUAAGAAGUAAUACUAUAAUAUCUCCCAAGCAGAAAUUAACCCAUAAUUACUGAAGAUAUUAUCUCAAUCGGUAGAGAAAUUGCAAUGUAUUUUAUUAGCUACAUAAAAUUCGACUCUUUUAAGCCCAUUAGCGUGAAUGACCAAGACAAGGUAUAAAUCAGACCCACUAUCAUCAUCUUAGCUAAUCCUAGGUAAUAAACAUUCUAAUUUGGAUCAAUAAAUAAUCUCAGCUUUUUAGUCCCAUUAAUUAUUGAAAGAAUAAAGGAUGGUACUGUAAAUAUCAAGAAGAGAAAAAUUACUAGUAGCAAGGGCUAAAAAAUGUAAAGGUAUUUUUACCCCCUAUUAGCAAAUGAAAGAAAACAGCAUAAAAAUCACCAAGUCAUUAGUGAAAAAGUAUCCCAGUUAUAUUAGGUUAUUUUUCUCAAAUAUUUCAUUUCCCAUUUAUGA